UCUGCAUCUGACGUGUCUAAAGCAGUUUCGCACUGGUGGGGGAUUUACCAUCUAUUCAAGUAUUAUCUGAUACGUGGUGGCAAGAUGCUCGAUUUCUUCACCAUCUUCAGCAAAGGGGGGAUAGUGUUGUGGUGUUUUCAGGGGGCUGGGGUCACUGAAUCCUUCACCGGGCCUGUCAACGCCUUGAUCCGCUCCGUGAUCCUUCAGGAGCGGAGUGGGAACAAUUCAUACACUCAUGAGGCCCUGAGUCUCAAAUACAAGCUGGAUAAUGAGUUUGAGUUGAUUUUUGUGGUGGGUUUUCAAAAGAUCCUGACGCUGACCUAUGUGGACAAAUUCAUAGAUGAUGUUCAGCUUCAUUUUAGGGAUCGUUAUAAGAAUGAGCUGGAGCAGAAGGGAGCAUUGAAGCAUCUCUGCAACAAUUUUGAAUUCGAGGAAGACUUUAAGAUACUUCUUAGAGAGGCGGAGGACAGCGGCAAAGCUCGAAGCCCUGCUGCCAUGCGGACCUUCAAGGAGUCCGAGAAAUCCCAAAAAACUGUGAAGUCAAUGAUUGAGACGAAAGGUGGGGACAAAGCCAAGGAACCGGGUGGCAAGAAGAAUAAAAACAACAAAAAGGAGGCUCCUGCAGCUGAGCCUGUCAAAGUGGAUCAAGGUAAGGCCUCAUCUGCUGGCCAGAAGACGGUUGAGAAUGGGAACCAGGGCUUGACUCAUGAUGAGAUCAUGCAGAAGAAGAGAGAGGAAUUCUUUCGCAAGCGCACUGCGGUACCUGCGGAAAAACCCAGUAAGUCUCCAAAGCCUCAAAAGCCUCGGGAAAAACAAAUGCGUGUUUGGGACAUGGGUGGUAGAGGCACCAAGAACCUGGACUAUAGUGAUAGGAACGGAGAUGGUUCCCCCAAUGGUGGAGACCAGAACCCGGAAGGACAAAUUGACCCAGGGAUGCAGCUAAACCCCAUGAAGGGAGACCUGCUGUCUGUGGACUACGAGUCCACUGAGGAAGACGAAGAGAUGGAGGAGGAAGAAGAGGAGAGAGUGGUUGUCAAUGAGACAAGCAAGGCAAGCUCCAAAAAGGGUGGCGGUUUCGGGGGCAUGUUUGGGAUGCUGAAGGGUCUGGUGGGCUCCAAGAGCCUGACCCGUGACGAUAUGGAGUCAGUUCUGGACAAGAUGAGGGACCACCUCAUUGCGAAGAAUGUAGCAGCCGAAAUUGCCUCCCAGCUCUGUGACUCUGUAGCCAAAAAACUGGAGGGCAAAGUCAUGGGCACAUUCACCACUGUUGCCUCAACGGUAAAGCAGGCCCUGCAGGACUCACUGGUGCAGAUCCUGCAGCCCAAGCGAAGAGUGGACAUUCUGCGAGAUGUCAUGGAGGCACAAAGCCAGCGAAGGCCCUUUGUCAUUACAUUUUGUGGUGUAAAUGGGGUCGGAAAGUCCACCAACCUGGCCAAGAUCUCCUUCUGGCUGAUAGAGAAUGGUUUCACAGUGCUGAUCGCAGCCUGUGACACGUUUCGUGCCGGCGCGGUGGAGCAGCUCCGCACACAUCAGCGCCGCCUCAACUCUCUGCAUCCUCAAGAGCAGCACGGAGGACAGCCGGUAGUCCAGCUCUAUGAGAAGGGCUACGGGAAGGAUGCUGCUGGAAUUGCAAUGGAGGCCAUUGCAUAUGCCCGCAACCAGAGUUUUGACGUGGUGCUGGUGGACACUGCAGGGCGUAUGCAGGACAACGCCCCCUUAAUGACAGCCCUGGCCAAACUUAUCGCAGUCAACAUGCCUGACCUUGUGCUAUUUGUCGGGGAGGCUCUGGUGGGCAACGAAGCAGUCGAUCAGCUGGUAAAGUUCAAUCAGGCUCUGGCAGACCACUCCAUGUCUGACAAGCCUCGCCUCAUAGAUGGAAUUGUUCUCACCAAAUUUGACACCAUUGAUGACAAGGUUGGUGCUGCCAUCUCCAUGACCUACAUCACAGGCCAGCCUAUCGUGUUCGUGGGCACAGGGCAGACUUACAACGAUCUGCGCAGCCUGAACGCCCGCGCUGUGGUCGGCGCCCUGAUGAAAGCUUAAGUGGCCGCAUGCUCUGCUGUUUAUUCAUCGCCGCAACGAAGCCAACACAAUACCUUUUGCCACGCUGCCGUGAGAUGUUCCAGCCCCGCUAAGCCUGCGUCUCUCAUCCUCCUCGCCCCUGCCCUCUCUACUUUGCAUCAAAUGAAGAACUCAUGUCAUGCACUGAACUUUGUUCUCCCAGCUCCAGGCCAGAGUAAAGGACAAGCUGUGCACUUCAGAAAGACAGAACAUCUUGUAACAGUGCUCGAGGAAGCCUCUCUUCUGCAUCAUUUCUAAACCUUUGGGCCAAAUAAAGUACCUCAGAUCAGCCUGAGUUUUCAACAACAAUGAAGUCACAUCCAAUAGACAUUUUGCUGACUAAAUGGACCUAGGCUGUAAAUGUCAUUCGUUUAGUGGGUUACACAGUAAAUCUCCCCCCUACCUGGCGUUCUGUCAGUUAGUUUUCCCCUCUUCAUGUAAAUGAGGUCAGGUCGUCAAGGCUUGCUGGACGUGAUUUUUCAGCAGCUGCAUGUGCCUGAGGAAAGCUUAGUGACCAUAGUGCCUAUCUGUCUCCUGUCGUCUUAGUUAACACUUUCACUACGAGUGGUUGUCCGGCAAAGGUACCACGACAGUUCAGGUCAGAAACCAAUCGGUUUUACAGUCUGCAGUUGGGGUUGGUGUGAGUAUCAGCACUUGUCAAAUCAGUUUAUUUAAAAUUAGUCAUGGAAUAGUAAAAAAAUAAAAAUAAAUAAAUGCUGCAAGCUCACUUUGAUCAAGGCUGUAACAUUUGACAGUACAUCGGUUGAACACACUAACCGUGGAAUAUUAGUUCUGGAUUUAUACUACAACAUUGAUCUCCCAGAGCUCCUCACCUGCCUAACACACAAAUAACUCACUUUAAUCCCUCAGUUUAUUGUUGAUUGAAAGUGGAAAGCUAUUUUGUAAAUGUAUUUUUUUUUUGGUUCUUACAGGUGGCCCACAGAGUUUCAGACUACACUUUUUGAGUGGUCUGUUGAAGUUCUGUGGGCCUUUUUUGAUUUAAUCAUCAUUUACAAGAGGAAAUGUAUAAAAAAUCUCUACCCCCCCCUUUAAUUUGUGGUAGUGCAAUACGAGAGAAUCAAGAGUUAUACAGAAGAUCUGAGCUAAUUUAUGAGAAUGUAAACAUUUCUAAAUAAAUCUGCUGUAUGCCAUAA